AGCAAGAGUCCUGUAAUGCUUAUCGAAUUUGAAAAUCCGAGCUGCACCCAAAGGCGUCAUGCACACAGCCCUGCUGUCGGACCCCCUGAAGCCUGAGAGCAACAAGCUACUGGACAACACGCCCCUGCUGCAGCGACACACACUGUGAAUUAACGGGAAACACAACAAAAAGAGGCUAUCUAUCUUCACUAAACCCUGGUGUGGAUUGAACUGAAGGAAGAUGACGGCAGUUUAUAAAGAUGAAGAGGCGGACUGGCUGACGGUGUGUCUCAAGUACCUGCUCUUUGUUUUCAACUUUCUCUUCUGGGUGGGAGGAGUAGCUGUUUUAGGUGUGGGAGUCUGGACACUGGUGGAGAAGAGUGAUUAUUUGAGUCUGCUGGCCUCCAGCACUUUUGCUGUCUCGGCAUACAUCCUCAUUCUGGCCGGCAGCAUGGUGGUGGUAACCGGCUUCCUGGGCUGCUGUGCCGUCAUCCGGGAGCAGAAGAGCUGUCUGUCCAUGUAUUUCUUCUGCCUGCUGGUGAUCUUCUUGAUUGAACUGGUGGCUGGAGUACUGGCUUAUGUCUACUACCAGAGGCUGAGUGAGGAGCUGAAGCAGCAUCUCAACCAGACUAUGACAGAUAACUACGCCCAGCCAGGACAGGAGGCUAUCACUUUGGCUGUGGACAGACUACAACAGGACUUCAAGUGCUGCGGCAGCAACAACUCCAGUGAUUGGAUGGUGAGUGUGUACGUUUCAUCAAAGCAGGCCGGGGACAGGCUGGUGCCCGACAGCUGCUGCAAGACCAUCACCCCCCACUGUGGCAACAGAGACCACCCCUCCAACAUCUACAAGGUGGAGGGGGGUUGCAUCACGAAGCUGGAGCAGUUUCUGGCCAAUCACCUGCUGGUCAUCGGCGCUGUGGGAAUAGGAGUGGCUUGUCUGCAGCUGGCCGGGGCAGUGUUGACAGCCUGCUUUAUCUAUCUGCUGUAUAAAGAAGAGGAGGAGGACUUCGGUACUUUGUGAUUUAGCUCUAGGGCGACUUUGUGCUUUAAUCAACCGGAGAGACAAGGUCUGUGGCAUGGUGUUCACCAGCUGCUUAUACAGAAGGAUCAAGAUGGAACCUUACUGAGCACACCAGACCCACAACACAGCAGACCCCCAACACACCAUCUUCAGCAAGAAGACAGACAAAAAAAACACCAACCAAAACCUCCAAAUCUUGAACUCUGACAUAGCGAUCUAAGCCAAAUGAUAGACACUUGCCACUGACCAAAGGGGCUGCUUAUUGUUCCGAUCCAGGAUGAUACAACAUGACUGAAACCUGAUUUGAUGUCGGCCAGCUGGAACAACACGUCUGUUUGCAUCACUUCCUUGGCUUACAUGCACGGGACAAGCUUACUAUAGGGCUGUUCUUGACUAAAGGACUUAUUUGCUGACUUCAGACAAAUCCAUUCGUUGAUUUGAUUUGCAAACUGUUUAUCCAAAAAUAAUUAUGCAUAACACUUAAUCAGUUUGCCUGAGAUGUGCUUCUUGAAAAAAAGGGGGAAACAAAUAUGAAUCAACUACAGAAAUCCUUGUUGACAAAGACCAAAGCGAUACAUUAGAAUAUUAAAAGAAGCCAGCCUUAAUACUAACUCUCAAUGAAUUCUGCUCUGUUGAACUAAUGAUGAGCUAAAAUGAGUUAUGUUUUCACUGCGCAGAGAUUUAUAUAAUAUCAGUGUUAUUUUGCUGAGUAAUGGCACUGUUUACCCUGGUGUCACUGUUUAGGAAGAAAGGCAAUUUCUGGUUGUGUAUUCUGUAAACACAAUGUGCCUCUUUCACAGGAUGGUAAAUGAUUGUUAAUAAUGAUGUGCCUGAAAUAUGAAUGGGAUUCGACAAUGCACUGUGAUAAACGGCAGCAAAUUAAAAUCUAGUUUAGUAUCUUUAUAUUUUUAGUUAUAUCUAUAUUCUGGAAAAUAACUGCACUGCUUUUUUAAUGACAGUUAUUAAAAUAAACAUUCUUUAAAAUAGCCAAAUAAGUGAAUAAAAUUAUGAAAGUAUUUAUUUUUAAAUGGUUGCUCAAUCCUUGAAUCGAUAACCCCAUCUAGUGGUUGGCACUUGCCAUAUACUAUACUGUGUGUGAUAUUUAAAGGGCCAUGUCAUGCUUUUCCGGUUCUUACCCGUCCCCUUGUGUGUUAUGUAGCUUUGUAUGCAUGUAAACGGUCUGCAGAGUCACAAACCCUCAACGUACACCCUGUAGCGAGUAAAAGUCUAACACAGAAAGGACCUGUCUGUGCUGCCCCAGAACGCCUCGUUGGAGAUUUCUCUUUUUCUUCCUGGGUACAGUGACGUGCCCAUACCCAAAUGGACCAAUCCGUGGAGCCGUUACAUUACGUCCGCGGAGCCGUUACGUUAAGUCCGUGGAUUGGUCCAAAUGGAUUUGGGAAAAUUGCACAGUAUAAAUCUAUUUGAGUAGACCUCAACAAUGGAAUUAUGAUCAGUAGAAAUGGCCAUGACAUGGGACCUUUAAUGCUACAGUUCAACACAUAAAAAUGAGCUAUUCAUCCUUAAUGUGUAACGCUAAAUAUAUGUAUAUGUGACGGAAUCCUUUUAACAUUAACAAACCAUCAUUCUGUGAAUUUUAGACUUAUUUUCAUUCUUUCUUUGACACUGCGGUUUCAUUCUCUGCAGGGAGAAGCAGACCUUUGUAAGCUAAUGAAAGGUUGAUUCCCCUCUCUUAUCUAUCAUUUGCCAUCCCUUUCCCCCGCUGCUAUUACUUAGCACAACCAGUGGCCUUAUCCACACUAACCUCAAACAUAAAGUGAUAAGAAAAAAUAUACUGUGUAUUGAAAAGAGUAAUUAAAAAUGCACUUUUUGAUCCUUAUAACAGAAACAAAGUACUCUGUAAAGGGACCUCAAUGGUUUUCUGUUAUAAUCCUUUAACUUGCAUAUAAAGUCAGCUAAUGUCUGUAGAUGGUUGUUAAUGAGACAAUGACCUUGGCAUGUGCACCGACUACUGACUGCUAUCCAAAAAUAUUGAUAUAAAAUUCUUAAAUAAAUGUUUAAAUAUUCAUACAUUAAGAAUUUGCAUUUUUUUUUAAUGAAACGGUACGAGAUGAUCUAGGAUGUCAUGAUUGCUGUUUGUGCUCUAAUUGUUGAGAUUUUGAUCCUGGAGCAUUAUGGAAAAUGAAGUCAUUUUUAAUUGUCUCAUCUGUGGUGAGAAUCACAAGUUGUUCAUGUCAUACUUCCCGCAGUUGGAGUAGCACACCACUAGAGGGAGGCAAAGCUCCUCUAAUGGCAGGGGGUUGUAAUCAUUUGUAUCAUGUCAAAGACCCUGCUGUGUUUUAUUUUAGAUCCGACCCCAAUGAGCCAGUCUGGUCUCACUUGUAUUUCCUAAUAGCAGAGGUUUCAUAGCUGAUUGUCUUGUGUUGUCUGCUUUAAAAGAUACAUUGUGUCCCCACUGUACCUCACAGAGACUUGCCACAUUUGAGCAGAGCAUGUUUGAUAUAAUUAGUGUCUUUUGUUCUGAUACCACAUUGAUGAUGCCUUUUUGUUACACACUAAUCAAAUCCUGUUUUCUCUUCAUGCAUCCUCACUAUUCUCGC